CGCGAGGAGUUGUUCAACUUCAACUUGAGGACAGAGGCCGAACUUGUUGACCACCAUUCUGCGCCGCCGCUAUUAGAUUCUCUAGUUUCAGCAACCACGUCCAAGUGUUUUCUGUUGUUAAGCCGUGUGGGAGCGUUAAAAGGAAGGGUCCCUGAGAUGGCCAGCUCAUGCUGUCUCAGUUCGCUGACUUCAGCGCAGCGGUUUGCAGCCCGAGCGGGCCCUACAAGCUGCUCAGGAUGUGCAGAAGCGCAGUCAAUGCCUCUCUUACCUGCUAUUCCUAUCAGGCAUAGGGCGGUAACAGCAGAAGUCCGCAGCUUGGGAGUAGGGGCUGUCAGGUGUCAAAGGAAGCUGGCCCCCGACCCGCUGCGAUGGAUACAGAGGCGUCUUCUCACAAGAUCUGCACCGGAUGAGGAGAAGAUGACAAAAAGGUCGCCUCUUGAUUUUCCAGUGGAGUUUGAUAGAAAUGUCGGUGGGGCUAGGAGAGCGGAUAUCUUCCCUCAAUUUAGCCCCUUCAAGCCGCCCCUUCCACAGCCUUCUCCCGGGGAUCCAGAGGAGGAUGAUGAGGACGAAGAAAAGGAAGGCGACGAGGAGAAUCCCGACGAGGAUCCGGAGGAGAAGCCAGAGGAAUAGGCCGACUGAGUUUUUUGAUGGGUAUUAAAUAAGGGAGAGUUCCGUUGGGGUGCGUUUGUGUGGGCUUUUCACGUGGGAGUUGGGCAUGCCUGUUUGACUUUCUGCCGGAGAUUUGCCUCAGGCCCAAGCGUGAAUAGAUAAACCGAGAGUUGUUCAUCCGAUUAGGCUAAUGAAACACGUAACCUCUAUCCUUGGGUCCAGCGACACAUCUUGCGGCUUUUGAUUUCAGGUUUACUCUUGAUGUUUCUAAUUGGAAGUGUUUUAGGUGUUGGCUAUGCCUGAUGUGGAUUAGAUGGUUCAAUCUGCUAAAUCUCGUAUUGGCUUAGG